UUAUUCUAGUAAAGUGAACCUUCUCUGUCAGAUAUCUUCAAGCUGCUGAGAGGAUCUUGAGGAGACAGCCUGAGGUAGGAACAGUAAGGACAGCAAAGAUCACAACUCUUCUGGCUCUUCUGCAAGUGCUCCCAGAUGGCAGCUCCCACCUCUGGCCACUGGUACUCUGGAUCCCUGUUUGCCACCCUUGUUCUCAUUGCUGCCUGGCCUCAAGAGAGAAGCCUUCCCAACUGGUGAUCAGCUUGGUGCAACCACAGUCCCUCUUAGCUGCUGCUGAUUUUCCUUUGGCCAUUUCUGAGAAUUUCUGGAGUGAGUUUGCUAGUUCUACAAAGAUCUCUCAAACUGUCCAGUCAUUAGAGACCGUGGAAGGAUUACAUUUGGAUAAAAACCAAAAUACCACAAAAUCCAGUGGAAGGCUUGACCCUGAAGUGUUGAAAACGUGAUUGUGGAGUGAAGCACAAACGUUCUGGACUUCAACCAGGACUUCGCUUUUCAUAUACAACUGCCUGGUUUCAGCACGUGAUGGAUCUCAACUUGCAAAUGGCAGAGUACUCAUAGCCAGAUGCUUUCUUUACCUAUCGAAAGAAUGUGCUUCUGGCGAAGAGCCCGUCCACCCAGAUAGAAGGUGUCUUUGCUGCAGCCAGAGGAAGAUCAGUUCCAGAAGAGCAAGAAGCCCUUCUCCAGCAGUGGCUGGAGGAAGGAGCAGGGAAUUUGCCAGCCAGUGAGAGUGUUCCAACAGUGAGGAAAGUAUCAGUUACACUCACUAGUGACUGGUUAGAAGGUUCAGAGCUAUUGAUGACCAGCCUCAGUGACCUGAAUACAUCUCCGGAACUCACCCAGUGUGCUGAUCAGCAGCACUUGGAGCUAAAUGCCUUGGCUUCUUCAGAACUGCAAGAUCAUGCAGUGGCUGAACUGGCCAGAUUACCAUCAGAGGAAACAGUGACUGUAGCAGGCAGUGCCCCGUGGGCAGCUGUGGUCCCACAGACAGAUCACCAGACAGCUGGCUGUGCUGGUAUCAACGUGGAGGUGCUGAAUGAUGACCCAGCUGUGCUGGCCUGGAGUUUAGCAUGUGAUGCAGAGGCAGUGCCACCAGUGCUCCCAGCCCAGCCCAUUCAGGAAGCGGUGCCGUUUUAUCCUGUCUCAUUGGAGGUGCCCUACCAUGAGAUCUUAUGGAGAGACUGGGAGGAUCUUUCUGUCCAGCCCUGUGUCUUAGAGCAGGUCUCAGAAAACACUCCCCUGUUUGAAUUUCGAGUCAUGUCUUACAACAUCCUUGCCCAGGACCUGGUGGAGCAGGGCCUUGAUCUCUAUGUACACUGUCAUCCAGACAUCCUGAACUGGAGCUACCGCCUUCCAAACCUUUUACAGGAGAUCCAGCAUUGGGAUCCUGAUGUUCUGUGUCUCCAGGAGGUGCAAGAGAACCAUUACUGGGAGCAACUGGAACCAACAUUCAAGGAGAUGGGCUUUGCUUGUUUCUAUAAACGGAGAACCGGAACGAAGACAGAUGGAUGUGCAGUGUGCUAUAAGCGCAGCAGGUUCCAGCUGAUCAGUCUCAGCCCCAUAGAAUACUUCCGGCCUGGCCUGGACAUCCUCAACCGGGAUAAUGUGGGCUUGGUGCUGCUGCUGCAGCCGGUGCUCCCAGAAGGUCUAGGUCUGAAUGCAGUCAGUCCUCUGUGUGUGGCCAACACUCAUGUGUUGUUCAAUCCCCGUCGAGGAGAUAUCAAACUGGCCCAGGUGGCAUUGCUGCUAGCAGAGAUUGACAAAAUUGCAAGAACUACUGAAGGCAGCUACUAUCCUGUCAUCUUGUGUGGAGACCUGAACUCUGUACCUGAUUCUCCACUCUACAAAUUCAUCCGGAAUGGUGAACUUUCCUACCAUGGGAUGCCAGCCUGGAAGGUGUCUGGUCAGGAAGACUUUUCCCAGCAAUUGUAUUCACGGAAGCUGCUGGCCCCACUGUGGCCAAGCUCACUGGGUGUAACAGACAAGUGCCAGUAUGUCACCCUGUGCCAGCCAAAGAAACCUGGGAGACGCGAAUACAGCCGGGACUUCCUGCUGCAGUUCCGCUUUUGCGAUGCUGCCUGUGAGCGACCGCCGCAGCUGGUCCUCCUGGAAGGUGUGACAGAUGCUAAACCAGACCGCCCUGCACACUGGCCCAAGCCUGCUGCCAUGGUGAAAGACCCUGAUCCUCAGCCAUUCGUCCCAAGGUGUUCAGGUGUUAUCCAGCAUGGCCUCAACCUGACCUCUGUCUACAGCCACUUCUUGCCACAGAGGGGACGCCCAGAGGUCACAACAAUGCCCAUGGGGCUUGGAGCCACUGUUGAUUACAUUUUCUACUCAGCAGAGCCUGUGGAGAACAAGGCGGGUCGCAGGCUGUACAAGGAUGGAGCCCUGAAGCUGCUUGGCCGUCUUUCUCUUCUCUCUGAAGAUGUCCUCUUGAUGGCAAAUGGCUUACCAAAUCCUUUCUGUUCAUCUGAUCAUCUCUGCCUGCUGGCUAGCUUUGGCUUGGAGAUCUCCAGCCUCAGAGAGAGUUAGUGUUGGUUCCCUUUCCCUAAAGAAAAGUUGUUCUGAAUACAGCAGUCGAGACUCUGGAUUGCACAACCUGCUUGCAAGAAAACCCUUUUCCUUGUCAUGCCCUAAAAGUCCUUUUCUCCCCUCACACCCUCACUAAACGCAGGGAUGGGGGAGUUGGAGCACUUUUUGCAUUGGUAUUUUCUGCAUCUCUUCAAACCUGAGCUGUGUUCCCAGUGGGCUGAUAGGUGUAUUCAGGCAUUGACAUCUCUUUAAGAGAUCCUUGUUCCACUGCCUUGGUUAGCAGGUGUUUUUGUGCUGCAGAAACCAACAUAAUGCCCAUGGUUAUUUGUCCCUGUGUAAGAUUUUCAAGGAGCUGGAAAAGAGACAGGCAAUGCUAUCUGCUUUUGGUUAGUUUAAUUGCUACCAAGGAGCAUGGACUGUAUAUGCCAAUACUCUUUUACACCAAAACAAGUUCUUUUCAUUCUUUUAAUUUCUCAGUAAUAGUUCAGUACUUUCAGGGCUAGUUGUUGUGUUGCCUUUUAGAUUGGAUCUGCUAACUGCUUAGAAAUGUCUUUUACUUAAUGAUCUGUAAGGGCUGGCUUGCUGACAGAAGUGUUUGUGUGGUGUAACAGUUUCUACAAGAAAUUGCUUGCUGUGACUAAUGGACCAGGGAAUGGGAUUGCCAGGAAUGGAACCAGGGGUUCUACAGAGCCACUCACAGCAGCUCUAGAGCUGCAGCAAAAGCCUAGAAGCCUUGGGGAAGGCUUCCUUCCUUUCUAGCAGUCUCAGAAUGGUACCUAAUAUGUCAUUUUUAGCAAAAAUAUUUAGGACCCUCACAGUGAAUAUCUUGUGGAAAAAAUUACCCUGUAAGGCGUGAUUACCCCAGAACGCUAUAACUCUGGUUGUCCCAAAAGAGAGAUGAAGAUGGAAAGCAUGUGAGAGUCAGCAGAGCCAUCAUAUGGAAGAGCUGGUUUUGUCACUUGCCCUGUUCUUUGUGCACUCCCUAUUGCAGUCAGCCUGCCCAGGGGUCAAUAGCCAACCUUCAGUAUCCAUCUCCUGUGCCAGACUGAGGUCCAUACUGCAUCCUUCUGCACCCAGCCAUGUUUAGGUGUAGAUAGAACCCUUAUGAUCAACUCCUGACUCUUGACAUGUGUUGGGGGGACGGGGAGGGCUGUGUAACUUGGACCCAGACUGCAGUCACUUGGAUCCCAGUGUACCUUUGGUGUCCUGCUUUUUGUCCAGUACAAAAGCUGUACCUGUUCCUAGCGUAAAUUCCCCAGUUCAACCUGACAUUUGGUGCUCAGUUUUUCCCUAAGAGAUGAAACCAGUCUUGGCAGAAACCAAUAUUGGCAGAAACAUGAAUCCUCUGUUCACAAACAAGGCAGGAAAUCCGGUCCCACCUCAGGUUUUUGCAGGAAAGUACAGGAGACUUAAAACAUUGUUUGUUCUUCAUGCUCUGUAUUGAGGGACUUUGAUAUUUUAAAUGUUACUUUCCUGAUUGAAAAAUAAAAUACUGUAAUCUAAGAAAAUACCACAGAGUAACUAUGGCACCUUGUAUUUCUGGCUGCUGAACCUCUGAAGACUUUCUGGACAAGGUUUUGCUGGCUACAAGGUGAAAGAGGGCAAAUUGGAAAGGGUGAGCUGAGAGCUUUGUUUUCUAUCUGGCUCAAAAAGGUUGCUAGAAGGCAGCCUGGUUGCAUAUGACUCCCUCCUGCUGUUAACAUUUUAAUAGGAACCUUAGAAGACACUAAAGGUUUAACAGCAACCAACUAAAAGCACCACAAAAAAUUUUGUGACACAUAUUGUUGGCACUUAGAACUUUAGCUAUCCCGAGUCUGAGGUCGGUUGGUGAGGAGGGGUGUGUGUGUGUGUAUGUAUGAAAGCUGCCCAUAAGAGAGCCAGACUCAGCUCCAGCUCUCUUGAGACCCAUAAGGUGGGCACCAUGCACCAGCAGAUGAACUGGUUGUGCCUGCACUGCCUGAAGCACCCUGUCAGUCCUGUGAUACAACUCAGGUGGAGGAUCUGUGUUCCAGUAUCACAGGUGCUCUUUCCAUUUUAUAUAAACCAAAACCUUGUCUUGUGGGCAAAUUGCGUGGAAGCAUCUCAGGGAGCUUUGAAGGUUCCAGCUAUAUUUUGCUGGAAAAUCUAAUGUUGCACAGGUCAAACUAAUGCUUUCUCUUUCCAUGCAUGAAAUAAUGUGGUAUGCACUUGGAAUUGUUAAGUUUUUGAACACUGGAUAUCGAGUCAUGCAGAGAAACCCCAGGACAAUGCCUACAAGUCCCCUUAUUCUUCUUUCUGGAGGUUAUAGUGUUCCCAGGGUGACUUGCAGCUCUCAAAGCCCUGGCUUACUCAUGCUUUGUUGGGCACUCAUAGCUGAAACUGUGGCAGAAAUGCAGGACCAUGGCUAGUGACUGUAUAGAGACACAAAGGCAGAGUUGAAAACUUGAUCUGUGUUUAUUUUGACCACUGUCACAGGAGCUCUGGUAUGGACUCUUAUGAAGGUGGUCUGUUUCAGGAAAAUAAAACCCCCUGUGUUCUAGAGCAAUUUGGAGUUAAUAUCAAAUGGAUCUAGAGACCUGUGAGUAUCCCUUGACUGUGUGGGAUUAUAGGAGAGGUUUGGAGGUGGGAUUGGUAGAAAGUUCCUAACUGUAAAAUUGCAACCAGCAUAUAGUUGUUGGGAGAAAAAUAAUGUGUUUUGUGAUGCUUAAAGGAUAGCACCCACACAUACAAUCAGAGCCUGUGGUAAUGAGCAUUGUAAUGGGAUGCAGAACUGAGAUUCCAGAUGUAGCUCUUAAAACUGUUUCUGGACCUAAAUGCAUGAUGAGUUUUCAUUAACACAACUUUCUGGUGAAUUACAGAGGGAUCUGUAAAUGGUUAUGAAAGUAGAGCAGCAGUAUCUGCAAUGCUCAGAAAGGGAAGGUGUCACAGAGGUGAUUACCAGCUACAUGACCUUAGUAGUGAUGUAGAGUUCAGGGAGACUGGUGCUUAGGGGAAGUGAUGCCAGAGACUGCUGGCAGUGUGUGUACAUUCCCUCUUAGCAGCCUCCUAAGCUGCAGGAGCAUGCAGCUGUUGAGACAAUCAAGUAUUUGGCCAAGUAUCUUUACUAAAAAACAGUUUAAUUUGCACCACAGCUGCUAGGCUGUAUUUAGUUAAUCUAUUUAGAUAGAAGUUGGACUUCCUUCAUUUUCUCAGUUUUAAGUUCAUUGCUCCAGGAGGAUGCCCUUCAUAAUCAGUUUUCCCAAUUACAUGAGAUGGGAGGAGUGGUAAACAAUAUAAUUGCUCUAUCUUCUUUCCUCUUUGUAAUAAAUGAAACUUGGCUGCUGUUUGAGGUCUUCUUUCUCCAUGCCUUUUUCUUAUGAGCUAUCUCUCCAGCAGCUGUUUUCCCAUGACUACUCUAUCCAGUUAUCUUUCUGAGUUACUGAUGUUUAUUUUUUCUGCAGCUGUAUUUCUUCAGUUAAAAGUUAUGGGUGCAAUUCUCUAGGGCUAAGUGUUAUUAUAAAUGCAACAUAUACAUGGUGUCAAGAUGUAAGAUAGUGGGUUUCCUCACAUCUGAAAAAUUAAGUGGGAGGAUUGGGAGUUCUGGAACCAACACAUAGAUGGGAGUAACACUUGUUAUAUAAAACAACAAAACUGGAGUUUCAGAUUUAUUGUUAGUGCUCUGUACGCCACCUGCUUUGUGGAGGCAGAGCUCUGAAAUAUACUUGACCUUGGUUUGCCUGCUCUGAGGAGUCUCCAGGAGGUCGGAAGUUCAGCAUCUCAGCGGAUCAAGGUAUGAUCCUGCUCCUAACGAUGUGUUGGUGAUGGUGUUGGCAAACAGUCUGCAAAGCAGGGUGUUGCUGCAGUCCAAUAACUGCUCCCAAUGCCACCACCUCAGUAUUGAACAUUAGUGGAUGUACUGUUUAGAUAUUUGCAGACAUAUCCAUGGGUCAUCCAAAUGAACCCUUUUGUUGCUUACCUCAAGGGGGAGCACACAAGCCUCAGUGGGAUACCUUCUCCUUUCAGGCUUCCUGUUGUGCAGACUAAUUGAAUUGCUGGCUGUGACCUGCUUCUUACCAGACUGUAGCUGCCUGGCCUGUAGUGCUUCCUGUAGCACUGUCAUGUUGAAAUGCACAAGCUGAUUUGAAUAUUCUCCAUUGUGUUUCUAACUAUGAUACUGAGUUUCUGAAGGGAACUCACCUGUUACAACCAUAACCAGGAUGACAGGUUAAACAGCUGGCAUGCCUCUAACUCCUUUUGUCAGCUGUAAAUGUUUGGCAUCACCUGUCAAGGCAAGUUGACCUCCUGCUUCCACUGAAAAUGUCAUUCUA